AUGUCUAGUCUUCAACCUUUUCGUCUAGCCAUACAAUCUAAUACAAUUAAUAUUUUUAGUACAACUCUUCGUUACACAUCCGAACAGCCAUCAAUUAAAACUAUUAAAAUUGAUAAGAAUGAUUUAAAGAAAGAAUAUUUAAAAGCAAAACUAUAUAAAGAUGGUUGUACGGAAGUAAUUCGACCUAUUGUAGGUGAAAAGCAAGAACAUCCUAAAGUUGAAUUUUGUACUUGGGAUUGUUUAAAUUAUGCGUUGAAAUUAAAGGAGAAAGGAUUAAAUCCAUUAGUACUUAAUAUGGCAAAUGACGAACAUCCUGGUGGAGGAUAUCUCGUUGGAGCGGGUGCACAAGAAGAAAAUUUAUUCCGUCGUACCAACUUAUUUCAAUAUCAUGAGAGCAAUAGUCACUGGUAUCCAUUUCAAAAUGCGGGGGGUAUCUACUCUCCAAAUGCUUUAGUGAUAAGAGCUAGUGAACAAGAAAACUAUAAAUUAUUAUCUGUACCGACAAAAAUGUCAUUCGUGUCUGUGGCUGCAUUGAAAUUUCCAGAACUUGUGGAAGAAGAAGAGGAAAAAGAAGAGGAAAAAGAAGAGGAAGAAGAAGAGGAAAAAGAAGAGGAAAAAGAAGAGGAAAAAGAAGAGAAAAAAGAAGAGGAAAAAGAAGAGAAAAAAGAAGAGAAAAAAGAAGAGGAGAAAGAAGAAGAGAAAGAGGAAAAGAAAGAAGAGGAGAAAAAAGAGGAGGAUAAAGAAGUAGAGAAAAAAGUAGGGGAGGAAAAAGAAGAGCAGAAAAAUGUUAAUAAGAAAAUUGAAUAUAAAAAAUAUACAUUAACUCCCGAAGCAAAAGAAUUAACUCGACAAAAAAUUAGAGCAAUUAUGAACAUUGGAAUAGACAAUGGUCACGAUGCAAUAGUUCUCAGUGCAUUCGGAUGUGGAGCAUUUCGCAAUCCACCUAUCACAAUGGCAGAAUUAUUUUAUGAAAUAAUUACAAAAGAAUUUGCGGGAGGUAAAGAAAAUUUACCCAAAACUUAUCGUCAUAUCGGAUUUUCCAUAUUCGAUGAUAAAUCAGUUAUGAGAAGAAAAGAUGGUCAAGGGAAUGUUGAACCUUUUAAAAGAAUUUUUGAUAAUUUUGUGUGGAAAUAA